GCUGAAAGCAUGGUUCAUUUUGGACAUUUUGAUCCCACACAUUUCUUUGCUUAUGUCACUUGAAAAGACCGAUACCUCCACCUGUGCUGGAGGAGAAGGAGGCUGUACUGCAGUAAUGCUUUACGAUGAAACCAAAGUACCGCACUUCCAUAAGGAUAGACGUGAAUUUAAAUUCGGCGAAACGCAUUUAUUUAUUCGUCAGAAUUGGAGCCAAGGUGGUGUGGCUGCUGUAGUAUGGGAUGCGGCAGUUGUUCUUGCUGAGUAUCUUGAUAAAAAUCCAGAUGUAGUCAAAGGCAAGCUUGUUCUAGAACUGGGAGCUGGCACUGGACUAGCUGGCAUUGCUGCAGCAAUGUUAGGCGGACACCUCACACUUACAGACAGAGCAAUGGCACUGGAAUAUAUUCAAGAAAAUGUUGAAUUGAACAUAAAAUCUUUGAAAACUGUGCCAAAAGUAACAGAGUUGGACUGGGGAAAGAACUUGUUUCAGUUUUCUGAUCCUUUUGAUGUCAUACUAGGUGCUGAUAUAAUUUAUAUAGAAGACACUUUCCAAGAUCUACUGGAAACUUUAAAGCAUUUGUGCAAUAGAAACUGUUUGGUGCUUUUAUCAUGUAAAAUAAGGUAUGACAGAGACUCUCGGUUUCUCUCUAUGAUGAAGGAAUUCUUCCAUAUAAAUGACAUAUAUUAUGACUCAAACAAAGAUGUCCAUAUAUAUGAAGCAUGUAAACAGUAGCAAAGAUGAAUAAAGGUAAAAUUUAUUUUGAUCAAUAAAUAUCAAGUUGAAUUAUAAUAUACAGGUAAAGAAAUGCACCAUACACUAAAUAAAACCAGUUUUGGAACUGUUCCUCUUGUUGUAAAUCUGUAAAAUUUAAAGUCAUAAAAUACUGUAAUGUAGUAAUUAUUUUUUCUAUUCAAAAGAGACUAAUGAUAUUUCUAGAGCAUCAAUUUUUUCAAUGGAUCAACUGUUAGGUUGACAAAUUGGAGGAUUAAAAAUAUGCACUUUAAUCUGAUACUUGAAAAUGAGGUUUUGUACUGUAAUUCAAUAAAUACUGGUUCAUUAAGCUUUG